AUAGUAAAGAAGAGAAGCAAGAAUGGUGGGAAGUGGUGCUCCACAGAGAGGAAGUGCAGCUGCAACCGCAAGCAUGCGUAGGAGGAAGCCAGGUGGCGGUGCUAGUGGAGGAGGAGCCUCUGGUGGUGCAGCUGGAUCCAUGCUUCAGUUCUACACCGAUGAUGCACCCGGUCUCAAGAUCUCCCCUAAUGUUGUCCUUAUCAUGAGCAUCGGUUUCAUUGCUUUCGUCGCUGUCCUUCAUGUCAUGGGCAAGCUCUACUUUGUCAAGUGAUGAGAAAGAGAUUAUAGUUUGAAGAAAAAAGACUCCCUAAGUGAAUCCUAGUGAUCAAAAUAUUAGACAGUGGUUUCAGUGAAUGUUUUAAUUUUGUUGUUUAUUACCUGAGUAUAAACGAUCUCAACCAUUCCAGUUUGUUGACAUUCAAAGUUUCAAUAUUCUUCACACAAGUUAUAGGCAUGAGUUACUUA